AUGGCCUCUGCUGCUGGCGAAGCGCCGCCAGGGCCCUGCCGAGGGGAGAUCGGGCUGCAGUUCUGGGUGGAAGCCUUGCAGCUGGUUCCCGGCUUGCUGGCUCCCGCUGUGCUGCUGGGGGUCGCCUUGGGCGUCGGCGCCGCGCUCCUGCUGUGCUUCUAUGUGAUCGGGCCUCUUCUGCAAAACAAGAAAGAUGAUUCCCAAAGGCUUCUGGAAAGCUUUCACUCGGAUGUGCGCGGACAUCUUGAUGAAAAUGUACCCUUACCCAGAAAGAAGAAAACAGAAACUCAAAUGUCAGAGGAGGAAAUGGUGCUGGAAGGAAAUGAGUCUUCUUUGAACAGUAACAUCACAGCAUUUGCACUAAAAGCAAAAGUCGUCUAUCCCAUCAAUCAAAAAUUUAGGCCCCUGGCAGAUGGAUCAUCCAAUCCAUCUUUGCAUGAGAAUCCAAAGCAGGCUGUUCUGCCUAAUCAGAUAAUGGAAACUUCUACUUCAAGCAGCCUUGGAUCCCUGAGUCAUGGAGACAAGGAGGACUGCAGUUCAUCUACAACAAUACAUUCUGCAACUAGUGAUGACAGAUUUCAGGACCGAGCCUUCCUGAAGGUGACCUGCUUCCCUGAAGUUCUGACUUGUGAGAGUUUUGAUGUUAAACUGUGCCUGUAUAGUCUUCUUUUGAAAGAAUUGCUGCUUCUUGAUACUGAACUAAGAAGGGAAAAACAGGUGGUAUUUAUUCAGGUUCUCAGAACAUACCUCUUUGAUUUUUACCAUAAAAAGAAGAUUACUGAAGAUUUGUACCAGAAGAUCAUUUUGACGCAAGAAACUGAUUUGGAAGAGUUACAGAAACAACUUACCUCCAGACUACUGAGUACUGAAAUGUCGGGCGCUCGUAAUUCAGACUACCAGACCUUAGAAGACUUAGAAAGGAAAGAGAGGGAAUAUUCUGAACAUAUCAUAGAUAAUAUGGAAGCUUUCUGGAAGCAGGCAGACAAAGCCGAGCAGUUUCUCCUGAACCAAUCAAAUUGCUCAAGUGCCAAAAGAGGAAAGAUAAUGAUGAAUCUGACUGAGAGAAUGAUUGCAGUAGAAGGGUUAUUAAGCCAGUCUCAGGAUUUGCAAGCAAUGGACAUUCAGGAAAAAAUAUUUAAUUGGGAGCUAAUGGUGAAAAUGGUUGAUUUUUUGAAGACAAGGAUACAAGAAGAAAGUAAAUGUAGACUAGGUGCUGUAGCUGGCAUAUUGGACCAGUUAACUGUAAAGAGCAACCUCUCUCUUUCGCAGAAGGAAGAGCUUUUAACAGGCCUGCACAAGGCCUUCUGGGAGCAAGUAGCACAUUACAAUAAUGAAUGUGUCCAACAAGGUAAAGACCUAAUCAUGAAACUCCUGGCAUGUCGUACAAGGAAGAUAAGAGAGCUCAAACAAGCUCAGAAGGAUGAACAAGGGGAUCUGCUCAGUAAAGCUCAGAAAAUAGGGGAACUUGAUGAGUUUCUGAAGGCCUGCCAUGAAAUGUUAGAGAAGCAGAGACAGACACUGUAUGAUCUGGAAGAAGAGGAUGACUGCCAAAGCACUGAGGCCAUUGCAGAGCUCCAUCAGGAACUGUGUUCUGGAACUUCCCAUGCUUUAGAGGAGUUGGUGCAAGAGUUAUUUCUUCAGACUCUUCCUACCAAGACUGGUCUGUCUUUAAGAGAAUGUGAACUUCUAAAAGAAGAAUGUCAGGAGAAUUUGAUCCUUCAGUUAGAGAAAUGGGACAGCUGUAGACAAAAGCAGUGGAAGCUCUUCCAAGAACAACUGCAACAAGAAAGACAGCUAUGGACCAAGGAGUAUGCUCUGUCUGCUGUGAUGCAAAAACACCUGUCAGAGAAACAUGAGAAGAUUAUCCAAGGUGUUUUAAGCCGAUUAGGUGGCCUCAGUGAGGAGUCUGCUAAAUACAUAUUUCGGAAACACAGGCUCUUGCUGUGUUCGGUUCUCAGAAGGUUAGCUGUCCGAAACGUCGCUAUGGCUACUCUGACUCACAUGAAAAUGUCCCAGAAGAAAAGCUUGCUUCAGGAGCUAAGAGAACAACAUACUCUGCAAAAGAGUUCCUCACACUGUCAAGAUGAACACCAGUGGCAACUACAGAACGCAAUGGAAUCUCACAUUCUGGAAGAAGAGGAGAAGCUGGAGGAGGAAACUCAACAAACACGUUUGGAAUUUCAUCAGCAGUUAGUUGCAGAAAUCCAAGAAGCUCUUCAGCUUGUGCAGCAGCACAUGGAACAAGUGAUUGGGCAGGCCUUGCUCCAGCAUGCCCGGCAAGAAGCUGCUAAGCAAAGCUCUGAGGAUGGAGAGGACUUCAAGGAGAGACUGAUAGAAGCAGCUGUAGAGAGUGUAUAUGUGACCAGCAAUGGUGUCAAUAGACUGGUGCAAUGCUACUACCAGCAAAUAGAAAAAAUCAUGGACGGGCAUGAAAACAGAAAACUUCAACAGCUGAAAUCCUUUCAGGCAGAAAGGACUGAAAAUAACAGACUCAGAAAAAAACAAGAAGAAAAUGAACAAACAUUGAAAGAAAAAAGGAAUCAAGGCACCCUGAACACGUCAUCUGCCGUCCAUCAAAGAAUGUUGUUACAACAACAAAAAUUCUUGGCUCAGUUUGAUGUGCAGCAGCAGUUUCGUCUGGACUCCCUAAAACAGAAGAUACUGGUAUUGCAUCAUCUAGAAACACAGCUUGAAAAUCAGCUAAAGGUAAAGUUGCAGGUAUAGCUAGCUGAGGGCCUGCUCCUGCUGCCAUUGAAGUCAGUGGCAAAACUUCUGAGAGGCUCCGGGGGCUUUUUCCAAAGCCCAUUGAAGUCAACGGAAAAACAUCCCAUUGACUUUAGUGGACUGUGAACCAGGCUCUAUACAUUUGCAAAAGCCUUUUCAAGAACAGACCAAAUAAUGUGUUAAGUCCCAUCCUCCUAAAGGGUAUUCCAUUAGCACAGAGAAGAAUAUUUGGUGAGUGGUUUUUAUUUUAAUGUGCGUUUUUCUCGCCUCAAGUUUCCUCUAGAACCAGUUUUGAGCAUGCCCACCCUAUCAAUGAGAGAACAUUUCUGUAAUUUGUGCAUCACUUUCUCUUUGCUGAGCAAAAGCUGAGGACAUAGCCUUCUUAUUACUACUACUAGCAUAUACUUUGGUUCACAGAUGUGACCCUGGUGACUGCCUUGCUCUUCACACUUCUAGACCCACCUAUCCUCUCCAUGAGUAGAUUAGGAUGGCCUGGAAUCAAACUGUUUGAACUUUGUUAGCAUUCUUCUCUUUUAUAAAGUAUCAUAAUAUGUCUUCCUUUGU